CCCAGCACCGACUGCCAGAAACCUAGAUGCGGCUGGGCAGAGUGUGUCCCCGGGGUCCGGGGAAAGUGCGAAGCCCACGCCACCGCUUCUCAUGCACGUUAUUUGUCUCGACAACAGGUAGCAGCUGUGGACACCAUGGGCCCCAGCUCGCCGCUUCUUCGAACCUCUCGGUGCUUCCGGGCCUUCACGAGCAGCCUCCUCAGGCCUCCCACAGCCGUCCUUUGAACGGACUCCUGCGUCUGGGGAUCCCUGGAGACAUGUAUGCGAGGUCGGAACCUUUUGCACCAGGGCCUAUGGCCCGCAGCGACACUCUGGCAACAGCCACAGCCCUGCACGGUUAUGGCGGCAUGAACCUGACCAUGAACCUCACCGCACCCCAUGGCCCUGGAGCCUUUUUCCGCUAUAUGCGCCAGCCCAUCAAACAGGAGCUCAUCUGCAAGUGGCUAGGGGAUGACAGCCCGAUGUCCCCACGUCCCUGCUCCAAAACUUUCAGCACCAUGCACGAGCUGGUCACGCACGUCACUGUGGAGCACGUCGGUGGCCCAGAGCAGGCUAACCACAUUUGCUUCUGGGAGGAGUGUCCGCGACAGGGCAAGCCCUUCAAAGCCAAAUACAAACUUGUAAAUCACAUCCGCGUGCACACGGGCGAGAAGCCCUUCCCUUGUCCUUUCCCAGGGUGUGGGAAGGUCUUUGCUAGAUCAGAAAAUCUCAAAAUACACAAACGAACACAUACAGGCGAGAAACCUUUCAGAUGUGAGUUCGAGGGCUGUGAGCGGCGUUUCGCCAACAGCAGCGACCGCAAGAAGCAUUCGCACGUGCACACGAGCGACAAGCCUUAUAUGUGCAAGGUGCGCGGGUGUGACAAGUGUUACACGCACCCCAGCUCUCUGCGAAAGCACAUGAAAGUUCAUGGUCGCUCGCCGCCACCCAGCUCUGGCUACGACUCGGCUAUAACGUCUGCUCUCNCGUCGCCCUCGUUAGAAAGCGGCCGUGAGCCCUCAGUGGCUUGCUCUGCGGCGGUGGUUGUGCGUGGCACAGACGUGAGCGAAUGAUGUUGCUUGCAAGGUAAUCUUGCCCUGCGCAGCUGAGCGCCCGCAUCUUGCGCCUGCGACAUCAAAGGGCUCUCUCACAAAGCAGUGUUUCUUCGCCACGGUGCAUCUUCAUGGUAAGUUAGGAUUUCUAUGGCAAUGGGCAAGUCUCACUGAAAUCCUGAAAGGCCGAUCCUGGAGCCCGUCCAGGCUUUUCAUUAAGGACAUAAUAUUUACGUCUAACAGGCCUUUUUUCUUGUGUAUACAAGUAUAUAUUUUUGUUUGACGCGGACUAAAUCAUUUUCAUUUAAUUUCCGGUAAACAAAACCCACGCGAAUGGGCACUUGUUCCCGAUCAUAAUAAAAAUGGAUAAUAAUGCGAGGGAAGAAAAGGGCCGCUUGAAUCGCCGCUCAGCUCUCUUUGUUUCUGCUUUCUGCGGUGAUCAGAGGGCGUAUUUGGGUUUGAUGGCNAGUUUCUAAAGGCGAGGAAAUGGUUUGUAAGAGGGAAAAGAAAAGGAGAAAGGUCCAAUCAAGCUCGGGUUGUUCAAAGAGUCGCGUUUUGGGGUUGAAAGUGUGAGUUUGACGGUGCAUCAGCAUGCCGCGUUAGGCUCGCCAUGGAAAUGCGCGCGGGGAGCGGCCGCUUCAAAGGCGGCACACUUCACUGCGGACACUCUAUUAAGAUACAUUUGCGCUGACCUUUGCUUUCACGCCAUUUAAUACUGUCACUGUGCUCUCCAGUAUAUACUUCCUCCCAGGACCUGUCUUGCCAGUGUUUAGGGGUUCACUAUACAUCCUGAUGUAGCGGGCUUUGGCACCCGGGAUUCUUUCAAGAAAGGGAGGAGGAACCGGACCCGAACAUCUUGACAGCGCCCAUAGGCUCCAGAGUCAGAGUAACUGACUAGGGCAUCCUGAGAAGCUUACCAAAGGAGCAUCCCCAGUUGAGUUGGGUGCUACAGAGUCGAAUGGGGAUUUAAGACGAAGGUGGCCGACUUGGGGGAAGUGUGGGAACUGUUAACUAUGCCUCGGGGACAGUUAGUUUCCCUGUGUUCCCCAGAGGUGCCAUACUGCUUCCUAACCCUAGAAGUCUCUCAGCCCCUUAAGCUUUUCCUCUGACAUGCCACUGUGUGGUAUCCUUAGGUCUGGGUUGGCUUUUGGGUACAAACUGAAAAGCCCAAGGCCAAGGGGAUGGGGAAGAUGGCAGCAAAGUUAGAAGUCCAUGUUCCCUUAAUUGUCUUGUUGUUUAUUUUAUCCAAGUACCCUAGUGAAUAGGGGAAAAAUAAACACGGUGGAAAAAAAUCAAACAGUAGAGUCUUCUUUAGUGCCCGUCCUUGUGGUUGAAUAAAAAGGAUGGUCUGCCUUCUAUUGAGCUGAGAAAUCUUUGAAGUGGGAGUUAUUAUCUGAGACAUUCCUGCUUGUCGUCCUAACAACGCUGGUGAAAUGUAAAAGGUUCUUUGUCAGCGAUUUGUUCUCCUCUCUGUCAAACUCACUUUGCCCCAUUGGUUCCAAACCAUUGCUAAAGAGAUAAAAUCAAAUUUCUUUAAAAAGAAAAAGAAGAAGAAGAGAAGAAAAGAAAAGAAAAGAAAGACCCCUACACUCCACCAGUAGAUAACUUUAGGAAUAAGUUUUGCUAUGGGGGACCCUCCCUCCCCCAAAACAACAAAAAACAAAACAAAACAAAACCCACAAAACCAUUGUGUAGUUUCAGUCCUGGUGAUGUGUGUAGAUGUGGUAAGGCCCUUUGCACAAAAACUGGUACUUUAGGUAAUGCAAGAAGGAAAGAGGUAGAGGGUGAGUGUCCCAAGUNGAUGCUCUGGAUGGCCCUGUGACCGUACAUUCUGUCCUUGCCUGCAUCCCAUCCACCCAGAUUNACUAACUGGAUGAAUUUUGCUGGAGAUCACUCCAGCUCCAAAUAUUCCCACUUGGGAUACUUGGAACUUAAGUCUGAAUACAGGUACUGUUAAAGCGUUCCCCCUUUUCAAGAAACUUCUGGUAUAAAUAGAUCCACUGUGUUUUCAAACCACUAGCAGCAAUCAGCACACUGUUUCUGUCAUUUAAUCUAAAGGAUGGUAGCAUAAGGGAGAGAAACAUUUUAAUAUCCCCCCCCUUUUUUCCUAAUCAUCUUGGAGUUCAGAAGGUUUGGUUUACAUGAUAGUGGGAAAAAUGCAUGCACGUGCCUCCUCCCUCCCUGUGUGCACUGCUUCAUUUUAUAGUGUGCCUAGAAUGGAAACUUUCCCCCUGGUCAGGUUUUCUAGACCUCCUAUUGUAGUUUUAAAGGUGAUGAAAAUAGAUAAGGAUGUUCCCAUCACCCUGCUCCCUGUGCUUACUAAAUGAUUUGUGAAGAACUAUCCCCAAGUUGUAACCCAUGUACUUCCUUAGAGUUGCUGCAAAAUGUCUCUUAUAUUGAUGCUGUUUGUUUACCUGACUCUCCAUAUGUCUGUUUGUAUUGCCAAUUUAUGGGGAAAAUGUAAUGAUUGCAAUGAAAGUGAAUUAUACAUCCAGGCAAAUCUCUUAUAGUCAUAACUGACAUAAACACAAGUCUGAGUCAACUGUUAGAUUAUUGAUACCUUGUCUAGCUACACUGUGAUUUUAAAAUCUUUCCCCUUAACAGCAGUUAAGUUAUGAACUAAUUUGAAGGGGAAAAAGUUGUUGUGUAUAUUUGUCAGUGGUUGUUGAAUAAAGUUCAAAGCUGAGACAUAAUCUCCUUGAAAACAUGUAUCUGUGAGUUAAAUAAAAUAAUUUUCUCCCUCCAAAAACAUUUUGUGGAUGUGUAGCUUCUUUUUGCUGUGUUAUUUGGAAAUAAAGAUUUGAUGUUUUCUUUCCUCCUUG